AUGGCCGCGGAUGAUUUGAGAUUCUCCUUGAUUGCCAUGGCUGUGUGUGCUGGCCGCACGGAACUGUCCAAAUUGUUUCAAAAAAAUCAAAAGGACCCAAAUUUGACCAAUGCCAAAGGAUUGACAAGUCUGCACUUGAUGUGCAAGAGAGACCAAGACCACAAAAUGAUGGAGGUGUUCUUCAAGAUGAACAAAGAAAACCAUCAAUCGGUGAGAGUCGAUGCCCGGGACAACGAGGGUCAGACACCGCUGAAUUUAGCUGUGGUUCGAGGCUUCAAAAAGGUCACUGAAGUAUUGCUGAGAAACGGGGCGGAUCCGAAUUUGUCCGAAGAGGGUGGACAGACCCCUUUGCACAUCAUUUGCGGCAGAGAACGCGACGAUUAUGACUUUGCGCAUAUGUUCUUCGAAGUAAAUAACGAACUAAAUCAGAUCGUGCAGGUCGAUGCGAAAGACAAAAUGGGUCGAACACCGCUACAUUUAGCUUUACUAUGCCGUCACGAGAAACUGGUGAAACUACUGCUGAAAAACGGCGUAAAUCCGAAUUUGGCCGACGAGGACGACGACGACGACGCCGAUGAGUUGGCGCAGAUGUUAUCCAAGGUCAGCAGAAAAAAAUACCAAACGGCGCCACGGGUCCACGUCCAGGCCAAGAAUGGCGACACACCAUUGCACUUGGCCAUUUACAGCGGCCACGUGAACACGAUCAAAAUUCUGCUAAAAAAUGGCGCACGUACAAAUUUGAUCAAUAAGGAAGGAUGGACACCGCUAAAAUUAGCUGUCAAAAAGCUGUCGUUUGUUUUAGUUGAUCUUCUCUUGGAUCACUGUGCCGAUCUGUCCAGCUUCGAUUUUCCUGCCGAAUAUUGGGAUUAUGAUAUCGAGGAUAUCGAUUGCAAAUUUGAAUUAGCAUCUGGCGUUCUAGCAUUUAUUGAACAUCUCGAGAACAGAGGAUAUCAGUGCGACUCUGUAAAGAUUGUGAAACUGUUCAUUAAGUGGAAAAUUUUAAAAAUGUCAGAAGAUCACGAAAAACGUUGGUACGAUAACGAGGAGUUCGCACGAGAUGCGAAAAAGAUGAAGGUCAGAGACGGUGAUCCGAGUCUGUCGCUUUACGACCUGAUUCGGCCGCGAUCCGAAAAGCCGGCGAAGCUGCUCACGUACAAAGACUACUUCCGCUUCGCUAGAUCAAAAAAAUUGCGCAAUCUAAAAGGGAAUCACGAGGCUUGCGCCGAUGCUCAUCUGGCCGAGGAGAUUUCGAGAAGAUUUUUCCUGGACUUCGCCCGAGAAUCUUUCAUGGAGCUGACGAGUUGCAAGUUGCCUAUCCUAUGCUGUGACAUAAUAAUCGAGCGUUUGAAUCGUAAAGAUUUGUGGCGCGUUUGCUUGGCGGCUGCUGGCCAAUGUUCAUAA